AGAGAGUGUGAGGAGUAAAAUGGCUGAGAAACAGAAGCACGAAGGCAGGGUCAAGAUAGGACAUUACAUCCUCGGAGACACGCUCGGAGUCGGCACGUUUGGCAAAGUGAAGAUCGGAGAGCACCAGCUAACAGGGCAUAAGGUUGCGGUUAAGAUCCUGAACAGGCAGAAGAUUCGCAGUCUAGAUGUGGUUGGCAAGAUCAAACGAGAAAUCCAGAACCUCAAGCUGUUCCGGCAUCCACACAUCAUCAAGCUGUAUCAGGUGAUCAGUACUCCCACAGAUUUCUUUAUGGUGAUGGAGUAUGUAUCUGGAGGAGAGCUCUUUGACUAUAUCUGUAAGCACGGAAGGGUCGAAGACAACGAGGCACGGCGUUUGUUCCAGCAGAUCAUCUCUGCAGUGGACUACUGCCACAGACACAUGGUGGUGCACAGAGACUUGAAACCGGAGAAUGUCCUUCUGGAUGGCAACAUGAACGCCAAGAUUGCUGACUUUGGCCUGUCAAAUAUGAUGUCAGAUGGGGAGUUCUUGCGAACAAGCUGUGGUUCACCUAACUAUGCUGCUCCAGAGGUCAUCUCUGGAAGACUGUACGCUGGUCCAGAGGUGGAUAUCUGGAGCUGUGGUGUGAUCCUGUACGCUCUGCUGUGUGGCACUUUGCCCUUCGAUGAUGAGCAUGUACCCACCCUCUUCAAGAAGAUCCGUGGAGGAGUUUUCUACAUCCCUGAGUACCUUAAUCGCUCGGUGGCCAGCCUGCUGAUGCUCAUGCUCCAGGUGGACCCUCUGAAGAGAGCCACAAUCAAAGACAUCAGAGAAGAUGAGUGGUUUAAGCAGGAUCUGCCCAGCUACCUGUUCCCAGACGACGCUUCAUAUGACAGUGCUGCGGUUGAUGAAGAAGCUGUGCGGGACGUUUGUGAGAAAUUUGAGUGCGCUGAGGCCGAGGUGCUCAGCAGCUUGUACAGUGGCAACCCACAAGACCAGCUGGCUGUAGCCUACCACCUCAUCAUCGACAACCGUCGUAUCAUGAACCAGGCCAGUGAGUUCUACCUGGCCUCCAGCCCACCUGCUGGCUCCUUCAUUGACGAGAGCAUCAAGCCACACCCUGAAAGGAUGCCUCCACUGCUUGCAGACAGCCCCAAGGCCCGGUGUCCACUGGACGCCCUGAACACCACCAGACCCAAACCUCUGGCAGUGAAAAAGUCUAAGUGGCAUCUUGGCAUCCGCAGUCAGAGCAGACCCUACGACAUCAUGGCUGAAGUAUACCGUGCCAUGAAGCAGCUUGAGUAUGACUGGAAGGUAGUGAACCCCUAUCACCUGAGGGUGCGUAGGAAGAACCCAGUGACUGGAAACUUUGUGAAAAUGAGCCUGCAGCUGUAUCAGGUGGACAACCGCAGUUAUCUACUGGAUUUCAAAAGCAUUGAUGAUGACAUCAUCGAACAGAAAUCUGGCUCGUCCACGCCUCAGCGCUCCGGCUCUGCCGCAGGUCUUCACCGACCCCGUCUCAGCAUCGACUCUGCAACCGUCGCUAUGGAUAUACCACCACUCAGCAGCUCACUGCCAUGCUGUCUGCCAGGCAACAUGCCCAUGCUGGCACCACGACAGGGCAGCCAUACCAUGGACUUCUUUGAGAUGUGUGCCAGUCUCAUCACUACACUGGCACGCUGAAACUCUCUCUCUCACACACACACACACACACACACACUCAUUUAUGCACAGUUAUAGGAAUCUGUAGACACAUUAGGGGGUUAAACCACAUGAUCUCUGACAGUUCUUAGACAGACAGACAGACAUGCCUACAAACAUGAUGCUUGCUGUUAAACCGAUGGUUCAGUUCAUUGUAGCAGUAUAGCAUUCUGGGGCCUUUCCAGGUUUUAGACUGCUUCAUCCAUUUUCUUUUUAUAUACAUAACAUUUUGAUAAUAUAAUCUAUUUAUAUUCUUUUAUCAAUCACUUUAGUAGCUGAGUUGCUCGUGGAUUGCAAUCAUAUACCAAAAAUUAAGUUUAUAUGCAUUCAAAGAGAGGAUGAAGAUACAUUUAUGAUAUAUUAGAUUUAUUUAUUUAUUUUUAGAGACCUUUUAUGCUAUUUAGUUACUUUUUCUUAGUCGAUUGACGAAUUAAUUGCAGGUAUUCUGAGAAAUGGUUUGUUUUGCAAAGGUUGUGAAAAGUUUGAGCGUUUAGAGCAUGACAAGCAUGUCAGCAGCUGUACGCCAUCGGUGUCGUAGAGCACAACACAGCGAGUGCUGCUGUGGCUUUGCUUCAAGUUCGAGUAGCAGAAGCAAGUAUGCAAUUCCUAGGAUCUUCCAUCUGUAAGUAAAUAUAGAUGGUGUCCUUUAGUGCAGUGCCUUUUCUUUUAGCCGCUGGAUGCUGAACGGUGUUGAACUUUAGCCUGAACUGGAUGCUGAACUCGUAAAUUAAUGGAAUUUUCAGUCAGAGAUUCCGAUAACUCAACAUGGCGUCACAAGCAGAAAGUGAAGAGAAAGAUUAAGAGGGUGAUUGAGUGAGUGCUGUGCUCAGGGUAUCCAGUUAUUUAGCACAACAGUCUUUUAGCACAACUCUGUUCUUUAGCUCAACUCUGGAUUAUGGUCACAAUAAUCGAAAAAAAUGCUCAUCUUGAUAUAGGAAGGGGUUUAUUAUGAUUGCUUCAGGACCGGAAGCCGGAAUUUCUGCUGCUGUGCAUGUUAAGGAUCAGUUGUUGAUCCCUGAAACGUGGACUGAAAAGCCGAUUGUUUGGUGUCUUUGGAUAUUUGUAGUUAAGCCAUAACAAACCUCGAACUAUGGGCACCUUCAUAGAUAACUUCAGUCACUUCUGAUCAUAUCACAUAUUCAACUGACUGUCAAUAAUUAUGCAUUUGCCGAAUUAAUUAAACAGGGGAUUGUGUCUCUUGUCCUGCUUGACAACACGUGUUUUGCUGACUAUGAGCGGAAUCUAUUCCUAAAAACUUACUCAAACAAGUGUUGCCAGGUAAAACAAACCUCGCCCAGUAGCACUUAUGAUGAAUAUGAAGGACGAUAUCGCGAAAAAAAUAGGUUCCCUAUGGGUACAUGUGGCUACUGCUUAUAAAUAAAAUUUUCUGAUACUAUGGCCAUACAGUAAAUAUAGCAUAUUUUAUUUUUUUCGUGGUCCAAAUCCUGCACUCUGAUUGGCUGGCGAGCAGGUCCAUAUCCUACGGUAUGGACCCCAGUUACAGACCCCGGUUAUGGACCUCUGGCGACUCGCUCAUUCACAACAACAAAAAAAAAACAUAGCAUUUUUUUUUUGCCAACAUUUAUCUUUUUUAUAAGGUUUAUUUAUAAGAUUAUCAAAAAUCUUAUAAAUUUUUGCCAGCAUUUCUCAGGUGAAUAGCAUUAAUUUUACAGCAUGGAUAGCGAUAACGACAGUCUUCACAGUGAAAGCGAGUUUUGCUACCCUGAGGAAGACCAAAUAAAAGAAAAACGUUUCAGGAGAAAGCUAAAAACCUGUAAUUUGCUAACGCCGAGCAAAAACAUGGCUGAAUCCUGAAUGACUCCUAUUUGUAUAAAUAGGGGAGUGCAUAGGCGGCAAAAUGUAGUUUUUUUUUUUUUUUUUUUUCCUGCCAUGGAAGUGCACUUGUAUACCGAGGAGGAAGCAAUUUACAUUACAGCCGUGAAUGAGGAUUCAAAAUGGCGGCUCGCCUCGGCUCGGUUUUCCCUUUCGGGCGCUCUUGUUUACUGCUAGAAUUUGCUAAAGAAAAAAAUAAAUAUAUUAUUUACCAGCUUAAGGUCGGUCCGUGUUGGCGCUGUCGCCUCACAGCAAGAAGGUCCAGGUUUGAGCCCCAUGCCCGGCGAGGGCCUUUCUGUGCGGAGUUUGCAUGUUCUCCCCGUGUCCGCGUGGGUUUCCUCCGGGUGCUCCGGU